ACGAAAAAAAAAAAUCAUUUUUAAUUAGGAGUUUCGCUGACAGUAUUCAAUGCAUAUAAGCAGGACAUAUUGCUCUCUGAUUUGUCCUUGACAGUUUUAUUAUAGUUUAUCACUGUUAAUUUAAUUUUCUAUUUUACAUUAUUUUCAAUUUGUCCUUUCAGUUUAGUUUAAUUUUUGCAUAUUUAGUUUUUGUUUUAGUUUUAGUAUUUUAGGGCUGCCCAAAGUUAAUGUAUUAACUCAUUUAAGUAUGCAUUAUCUGAUUCAGUAUGUUCAACUGUGUUCAGUUUCUCAGGGCUCUCUAAUGUUAUUACUAUCUAGUGGUAUUUUCAUGUUGAACGAAGGCAGGUUGUCAGGGUUUCACAUUUUAUAAUAUACUGGCACUGCUUAUCAAAAAUUUAAACUUUGUAGUCAUAAAAUACACACACACACACACACACACACACACACACACACACACACACACACACACACAUAUAUAUAUAUAUAUUUUUUUAAAUGUUAUGUUUUCAUUUAGUUUUCAUUUACAAUGAUACACUCUGGUUGCUACACACGCUCACGGUGAAAUCGUAAGGAUUCAUACAACUUUUCUAAAUUUGGCUAAUUCGUAUGAUAUCGUACGACUGCACUCGUAUGAAUUUGUACGAGUUUCACUACAGCCAAUGACGUCGCUGGACAUUGUUUCCAUCUAAUACGUGACAAUUAAUUGCUUCUGUCACACACAACAGCUUCCUAUCAUGUUUACACACUCUACUGAUCGAUUAGGUUUAGGUAAGGGGUUUGGGUAAGGGCAUAAUAUUAAUAAGCAUGUCCUUAACGCCUUGUGCGUGAAACUCGCGCUUACUUCCGCGUUAGACAUCCGGGUUUUUGCACGUGAUGAAAUUGUACAAAUUUAUACGAAUUAAUUCAUACGAGAUCAUACGAAAUAGCCAACUCGUAAAAUAUGUACGAAUUUUCAUGAGACUGCUACAUGACAGUUUAAGGGAUACCCUGUAUGUAAGAAGAAAAAUAACCUUUUUCUUUGGGCAGUGGGCAACUCUCAGGAUCCAGAGAGGCCAAAAGGAGCAGACCACACUCUCAUCACAGUCAACUAACGGGAUCAUAGAGAAGGACGAUGGAUCGAUGGAGGAGAAGAUUGGGGAACUGCGACGGUCCCACCCCAAAUUUCUGGCAGAGGGAGACUUUACGCUAUGUGAUGUCUUCUAUUUCUGUAAGAAAGGCAUUGAGAACAUUGUUGAGGAUCAGGUGACUCAGCGCUUCUCGUCAGAGGAACUGGCUUCCUGGAACCUCCUCACGCGAACCAACAACAACUUUCGUUACAUCAGUGUGCGGGUCACUAUCAUAUGGAGCUUGGGAGUUUUUAUACGUUACAGUAUCCUGCUGCCUCUCAGGAUCACUUUGGCUGCUAUUGGAUUGAGCUGGCUGGUGAUUGGAACUACUAUUGUUGGAUUUCUACCCAACAGCAAUGCGAAGAACUGGCUCAGUGAUCUGGUUCACAUUACAUGCUACAGAAUAUGUGCCAGAGGCUUGUCAGCCACUAUCCACUAUCAUAAUAAGGAGAAUCGCCCAAAAAAAGGAGGUAUCUGUGUUGCCAACCACACCUCCCCGAUUGACAUUGUCAUUCUGGCAAAUGAUGGAUGUUAUGCUAUGGUGGGUCAAGUUCACGGAGGGCUAAUGGGGGUCAUCCAGAGAUCAAUGGUGCGAUCCUGUCCCCAUGUGUGGUUUGAGAGAUCAGAGGUGAAAGAUCGCCAUGCAGUUGCCAAAAGGUUAAAAGACCAUAUUGCUGAUAAAACCAAGCUGCCAGUCUUGAUCUUCCCAGAGGGUACUUGCAUUAAUAAUACAUCAGUCAUGAUGUUCAGGAAGGGAAGCUUUGAAAUGGGUGGGACAAUAUACCCAGUAGCAAUCAAGUAUGACCCUCAGUUUGGAGAUGCCUUCUGGAACAGUGCCAAGUACAAAAUGGUGAGCUACCUCCUCAGAAUGAUGACCAGCUGGGCCAUUGUGUGCAACGUGUGGUACCUCCCACCUAUGACUCAACAGGAUGGGGAGGAUGCGGUUCGUUUUGCUAACAGAGUGAAAUCAGCCAUAGCACAUCAGGGAGGACUAGUGGACUUGUCCUGGGAUGGAGGACUGAAGCGAGCCAAGGUGAAUGACUCAUUUAAAGAGGAGCAGCAGAAGAUGUACAGCAGUAUGAUCGUUGGUUCGGAUUGUACCGAGACCUCUGUGGGUCCUGCAUAGAUUUUAGCUCACGAUAUUUAUGAACUUGAUUUGAACGUGAGAAACACUUCAAGGUCAGCAAUCGGACACAAUCACUCAUCUUGCACCAACACAGUCAUGAUUCUGUGUGAUUUUUCACCUUUUGAUAUAGUGGACUCUUUUUUAAAAAUUCAAAAUUGUGGUGAUAUAUAGAUUCAUUACUCUUUCUCAGAAAAUUCUUUUGUCAGGUUCUUUGUUCUUGUAUGUUGUUGGGUGCUAGUAUGUUUUGUUUUUCCCACUAUACACUAUAUAGAUUUGCAUGUCACUUUAAUGCAUGAUUAUAUCCUAAUCUGUUCCUGUUACAUGAUUUCUUAAAGACUGCUUCUGAUAAGGCUCUUGAAGAAUGUGAGCUGCACACUGUUAAUAGUAUAGUUCGCCCAAAAUGAAAAGUCUGCAGUUGUUCCAAUCCUUAACAACUUUCUUUCUUCCACAGAACACAGGAGGAGAUGUUAGGCAGAAUAACAAAUCUCAGUCACUGUUCAGUUGCAUUGCAUCUGUUUUCCAUUCAAUAAAAGUGAAUGGGGACUGAGACUGCCAUUUCACAUAACAUCUCAAUUUGUGUUCCAUGGAAGAAAGACAGAAAAUUUAGAACAAGAUAAGAAUAAGUAAAUAAAGACAGAAUUUACAUUUUGGGAUGAACUAUCCCUAUAAUAACUUCCUGCUUUUCUCAUGUCAGUUGACUGUUCUUGUAUAGACACUAGAGGUCACUCUUACCAAACUAAAGAAAAUCUUACCCACCUUAGACUAAGUCAGACACCGUCUUGAUUGCCUUUUCUCUAUAAAAAAUAAAAACAUAAAAAUGAAAUUAAA